AUGGAACCACUUGUCGACCCUAACCCGGACAAGUUUUCAAAAGUGUUGGGGCUGCAUUAUAAGGGAUCGAAUGCCAAUGGGAAGAUAUGGAUUUUUGUGGAGGAAGGGAUGGAUUUUGAGGUGGUGGAUGACUCGGAGCAGCUAUUGCAUGGGCUGUUCACUUGCCCCCGGACUCCAACACCUAUUUUAAUCUCGGCCGUGUAUGCUAAAUGUUCGAGAGGAGAGAGGCUUGCUUUGUGGGAAAAAAUGAGGGAGCUGACCCAAGUCUCGGAAGGAAUGCCGUGGUUUAUUGGAGGGGAUUUCAACACAAUCCUCUCCACGGGAGACAGAAUGGGGAGUGAUACAAACCGCCUGGCCGAAAUGGUGGACUUUGCAGAGGCUAUUGAAGACUGUGGUCUUUUGGAUCCAGGGUAUGAUGGAUCAGACUUUACUUGGGCUAAGAAUGGCCUUCUGGAAAGGCUAGACAGGGUGCUGAUUAAUGAGGUGGCGUCUCAACGGUUCGAGGCAAUACGAGUCACGAACCUCCCCCGUAUUGCAUCGGAUCAUGGCCCUCUCCUUGUCCGAUGCAAGAUGCCUAAUACCCCCGGAGGAGGUAAAGCCUUUCGGUUCCAAAACAUGUGGGUACGGCAUGAAGGAUUUAAUGAAUUGGUGAGGGAAGAUUGGGGGACCCCCACGGAGGCGGCGGGUCUCCUCAACUUGAAGCUCAAGCUAGCAAGGAUUAAGAGAACAUUAAAACGGUGGAAUAGAGAGGUAUUUGGGAACAUUCACGCCAACCUCAAGUCCUGUGAAGAAAGCAUUGCGAUAGCCCAAGCGGAGUUCGAAGAUGAUCCCUCGGCCCGGAAUAGAACGGAGAAGAGGGUUCGGCUACGGAUACACAAGAUCAACGUGAAUGGGUGUGAACUCACGGAAGACUCGGCCAUCCAAGCAUCGGCGGUUGAGUUUUAUCAAAACCUUCUUGCUCCAUGCAAUCCGGUACUCACGGAACCGGACCUAAGCCUCCUACACCGACUUCCCCCUUCGGAGUCCUUGGCGGCCCUCCCCGAACCUCCAGAUGCGGAUGAAGUGAAAAGAGCGGUCUUCGACAUCUCGGCCAAUAGUGCUCCUGGACCGGAUGGCUGUUCGGCUCUCUUUUUCCAAGCCUGCUGGAGCAUUGUGGGAUCGGAUGUGGUGGAUGCGGUUAGACAAUUUUUCGGUGGGGCCUUUCUUCCCCGAAGCUUCACGGCCACAAGCAUUGUACUCAUCCCGAAGAAGCCCAUUCCAGAGUCAUGGGGAGACUACAGGCCCAUUAGCUUGUGUAAUGUGAUCAAUAAGGUGAUUACAAAGAUACUCUCCAAGCGACUGGCCCCUUUACUCCCACGCGUGGUAGCUUCCAACCAAAGUGGUUUUGUCAAAGGGAGACUCCUCAAUGAUAACGUACUACUUGCUCAGGAGAUGUUCCAUGAGCUACAACGAAGCACACCGGCCCCUAAUGUUGCAAUCAAGAUAGACAUGGCCAAGGCCUAUGAUCGAGUUCAAUGGCCGUUUCUCCUAAAAGUCCUUAAACACAUGGGAUUCCCCGAGCCGUGGGUGGACCUCAUCAAGAGAUGCAUUGGGUCUUGUUGGUUCUCAAUCCUUGUCAAUGGGGCGCCGGCGGGUUUUUUCAAAUCUACCUGUGGCCUUAGGCAAGGGGACCCCAUCUCUCCCGCCCUAUUCGUCCUUGCCGCGGAUUACCUCUCGAGACUUCUUGAUAAACUCAUCCUCGGCAACAAAGAAAUGACAGCCUACGGGCGGUGCCCUCAAGCAAUUGGAUCAGCAAAUGCCCGUUUCUUUUGGGGGUCAACUAAUGAGAAGAAGAGGACGCACUGGAUAAGCUGGGAACAGGCUUGUCUACCAACGGCCGAGGGGGGAUUGGGCAUCCGGAAGAUCAAGGAAGUCUUAAGAGCCUUUAACAUCAAGUUAUGGUGGCGGUUUAGGGAACAAAAUUCCUUGUGGGCUACGUACUUAAUGGCUAAAUACUGUCAAAAGGUCUCCCCGCUCACAGCUAGACCAUUGGGGAGGGGAAGCCCUACGUGGAAGAGGAUUCUGAAGGCUCGGCCUCUUGCUCAACCGCACAUUCGUUGGGUGGUGGGAGAAGGGAAGAUGCUAUUUUGGGAUGACUUAUGGCUUGGAGAGACGCCUUUGAGAGAACUUAGCCUUGAUGAUAGAGGAGGGCCUCUUUCUCGGGUGGCGGACUACAUUAAGGAUGGUGCAUGGGAUGAGCCUAAAUUGCGGAAUCUCCAAGCGCAAGCUGGCCUAGCACAACUUAUCGUCCAAAAGAUCCUCGACACACCCGUCAUUUCGGAUGGGCCGGAUGUACCAAGAUGGAGAUUAUCAACCAAUGGAGAAUUCUCACUUGCUACUACAUGGGAGACUUUACGAAGUCAAAUGCCGAUUGUGCAAGGCCUCGACGACAUUUGGAGAGCGGGCCUCACGUCCUCUAUGGCCAUAUUUUUAUGGCGACUUCUCUCCAACCGCAUUCCGGUGGACACAAAGUUGCAAUGGAGACGAAUGGAAUUGGCCUCCAAAUGCCAUUGCUGCCCACAUAGACCAGGGAUUGAAUCCCUCCAACACCUCUUCAUUCAAGGGGACGGGGCUCACGGGAUAUGGAGGGAAUUUGACACAUGGUUCGAGGGUCCGUCACCACCCCUCCGGAUCAAUGACACCAUACCGGAACGACUUGUGGUCUGGACGAGAAGAGUUCGGCAACCGGGCAAAAAACACCUAAGCAGGGCCAUGCCGUAUCUCAUUUUAUGGUUCAUUUGGGCAGAACGGAAUAGGAGCCGGCACCAGUCCGUACAAUUUAGGCCUUUCAAUGUCAUUUGGCAAGUUCAAAUCUACAUCCGGAAUAGUAUGACGAACGGGAUAUACAAGAAGAAGCAUUGGAAAGGGGUACGUCUUAAAAUCAAUGUCCCGAGGCAUGAUGAAAUUCGGAGCCCUAGGCCGCUCGCAGUGGCAAUCAAGUGGCAACCGCCGGAGGACCCCUGGAUCAAGCUCAACACCGAUGGUGCAUACUUGGAAGAGUCGGAUAAUGCCGGGGGAGGUGGUAUCAUCCGAGAUCACACGGGCAAAGUGCUUUCAGCCUUUGCAUCUCCACUUGAGGCCCACUCCGCCCUUGAGGCGGAGCUCCUUGCCAUCCAACUCGGGUUAGAACUUGCCCUGGAAUUCAGCCGGCCUAUCUGGAUUGAGUCGGAUGCACAACAAGUGGUCCAGCUCCUUAAUAGCAUGCGAUGGGGGCCGGCACACACGAGCCGGGUGGUGGCGCGGAUCUCCCUCCUCAAGCGACAACGAGGUGUGCGUAUCACCUUCACCCCCCGAGAAGGGAAUAGGGCCGGAGACUUACUUGCAAAGAUGGGAAUUGACAGUCUCGACUAUUGCCGUAUGAAUGCCCACACGAUGCCGAGACACCUCGCUGCAAUUACUAGGAUGGAUGCACUAGGAGUCCCGAACAUUCGGGUCCAUCAUAAUGAUGAAGAAUAG